UACUUUACGCCACCUCUCUGCCCAACGUCGCCGACACAAGAGCUGCGGCCAAAACUCAAUCUACGCCGGAGGAAUUUUUGGUGUUUUCUUUCGUACAACAACCGCAUAAGAUAAGAUCGAAGAUGGACGAUGAGCAGGAGAUGGAGAGGUUCGGAAUGGAGAACGACUUCGAGGGAGGUCAGUGGAUAAAUGGCGAAUUUUAUUUCAAGAAGCGCAAGGAAAAACGAACUCAAACUAAAGACGAUGUUUUGUAUGGCGUUUUUGCCUCUGAUUCUGACUCUGACGAUGAUGGUUACUCCAAGAAGCGGAGAAAAGACCGUGACUUUGGAAGAAAAGCCGAUAUGACAAAGCCUGUCAAUUUCGUUUCUACAGGUACUGUAAUGCCCAAUCAGGAGAUUGAUAAGAAUCUCAAAGAGGAAAAUGAUGAUAUCUUAGAGGAGGAUGCUGACAACCGCCCUGGUUUAGGUAUUGGCUUUGGAUCUGGUAAUUCCGAUGCUGGUUUAGGUUUAGGUUUUGGUGGAAACAGAUCUAAGAAAACGAAUGAUGAGGCUGAAGAUAGUGAUUUGGGCGGUGAUGAUGAUAGUUUCUUGCCAACAGCAUUUGGGAGGAAGAUAAAAGAGGGAGCACUGAGGAGGGAGAGAGAGCGGGAGAGGGAAAAAUCGGAGAAUAAGGGUCAAGGCAGAAAAGGGAGAGAAAUUGGCACUGAGGAUGUAGGGGUUUUUGAGAAGCAUACAAAGGGAAUUGGGAUGAAGUUGCUGGAGAAGAUGGGGUAUAAAGGUGGCGGGCUUGGAAAGAAUGAACAAGGGAUUGUGACUCCGCUUGAGGCAAAGAUGAGACCAAAAAAUAUGGGUAUGGGUUUCAAUGAUUUUAAAGAAGCACCAGCUGCAAAGUUGUUGGACUUGGAAAAGUUGGAGGAAAAGAAGAGUAAGGGGCAACAACAACCUGUUGGGAGAGCAAAGGAGAAGCUUUGGUCAAAGCGGACAAAGGGGAGGAAGAAGGAAGAGUAUAUUACCAUGGAGGAAUUGUUAGCAAAGAAACAAGAACAGGGGUUUGAGGUGGUUCAGAAGGUGAUUGACAUGCGAGGGCCACAAGUUAGGGUUUUGACAAACUUGGAGAAUUUGGAUGCAGAGGAGAAAGCAAGGGAGAAUGAUGUUCCAAUGCCUGAGCUACAGCAUAAUCUAAAGUUGAUUGUGGACUUGGCUGAGCUUGAUAUUCAGAAGAUUGAUAAUGAUCUGAGGAAUGAAAGGGAGACUGCAUUGACCCUGCAAAAGGAGAAGGAGAAGCUGCAGAAGACGGCGGAUGAACAGAAGAAGCAGAUGGACAAUAUGGAGAAAAUUGUAAAUGUUUUGGGUCAAAUUGAGAGAGAAAAUUCAUUAGGAACUUUAACGUUGGACUCACUGGCAAACUAUUUUAGGGACUUGCACGGGAGAUUUCCUCAUGAUUAUAAACUUUGUAACUUGUCAUGCAUUGCUUGCUUGUACGCUUUGCCUCUGUUUAUAAGGAUGUUUCAAGGUUGGGACCCUCUUCGGUGUCCAUCACAUAAAUUGGAGAUUGUGUCAACAUGGAAGAAUCUGUUGCAAACAGAGGAUAGUCAUGAUAUAUGGGAUAUAUCAACACCUUAUUCUCAACUGGUUUCUGAAGUUGUCUUACCUGCUGUGAGAAUAUCUGGCAUCAAUACUUGGGAUGCAAGAGAUCCUGAGCCAAUGCUUAGAUUUUUGGAGUCAUGGGAGAAUCUGCUGCCUUCUUCUGUUCUUCAGACCAUAUUGGAUACGAUAAUUUUUCCAAAAUUGUCAACUGCUGUUGAUUCGUGGGACCCACGCCGAGAAACUGUUCCAAUUCAUGUUUGGGUGCAUCCAUGGCUCCCAAUGUUGGGACAUAAAUUGGAGGGUCUGUAUCAUAUCAUACGUGUAAAGUUGAGUAAUGUUCUUGAUGCAUGGCAUCCAAGUGAUGUAUCUGCUUACACCAUAUUGUCACCAUGGAAGACGGUGUUUGAUUCAACAAGUUGGGAGCAGCUCAUGCGUAGAUAUAUUAUUCCAAAAUUGCAAGCUGCACUUCAAGAGUUCCAAAUUAACCCUUCAAACCAAAAGCUUGAUCAGUUCUACUGGGUUAUGUCUUGGGCUUCUGCCAUUCCAAUUCAUCUCAUGGUUGAUUUGAUGGAGAGGUUUUUCUUUGCUAAGUGGCUACAGGUUUUGUAUCACUGGUUGAACACUUCUCCGAACUUUGAAGAGAUUCAUAAAUGGUAUAUGGGAUGGAAGGGACUUCUUCCACAGGAACUUCUAGCCAACGAAAAUAUCCGGACUCAACUAAAUAUCGGUCUCGACAUGAUGUCUCAAGCUGCUGAUGGUAUGAAAGUGGUCCAACCUGGCUUAAGGGAGAACCUUAGUUAUCUUAGGGUGUUGGAGCAGAGGCAGUUUGAGGCUCAGCAGAAAGCAGCUGCCCAAGCUCAACAAGCAGCAGCAGCUUCCCAUAUGGAUGGCACAGAUGCACAACGCGAGAUGACAUUGAAAGAAGUUGUUGAGGCAUAUGCACAGCAGCAUGAAUUACUAUUUAAGCCUAAACCUGGAAGGACACAUAAUGGUCAGCAAAUUUAUGGCUUUGGCAACAUAAGCAUAUAUGUGGACUCUCUAAAUCAAAUGGUGUAUGCCCAGAAGGAGGAGGGAUGGACUGCAGUUACACUUGACACAUUGCUGAGAAUGCACAAUAAUUCUCUUGCAAGGAGAUAUUAAAUUUGGUAUGUAAUUUUAGGGGCGUAUGCCCAAAGUUUUGUUAGAUUUUGUUAUAUGAAUAAGUUAGUAAAAUUUGUCGGUACACGUAAUGUUACUCGUUAAGCUUGUAUAUUUAAGGAGAUUCUUAAGCAGAUCUAGUGCGUUGGUUUAAGGGCUCCCACCGCCAGCGAGGAUGAUGGGGCUGUCUGCAGAUCAGAUGGCUAAAACUAACUUUGAAUGUGUCCUGUGAAAGGAAUGUCUUCUUUGACUCUCCAUGUGCUUUUGGGGAAACUAUUUGGAUGGUUGUAGAGCUGUCUUUGAUUUUCUUAUGUAACUCUUUGAUUUUAGUGGGAUUAAUUUUAGAUAUUAAGGGGAUUAAUUUUCUUAUGUAAUUAAAUUGCAUUUGAGUGGAGUUUAAGUUUUAACUCUCAAACUGA